CUUCAGUGUUCACAGAGCAGUGAUGCAGAGCUUGAGAAGAACCGCUUUUCGUCGCAGCUGCCCUUACCAGCAAUUUCUCUUUGGGUAUUGAUAUACAACGAUAUGAGAAAAGCUCAAGGAACCCUCAAUUCAAUGAGCAUAUGGGUGGGAUCUUUUGAAUACAUUUACGAAUAGAUUAAGGGGUGUGUAAGCCUGGACUCAGGCCAACCUAAGCAGGCCAUAGGGCUGGGCAGAUCAUGGCCCAGCAUGCAGCCCAGGCUGGGCAGUUCUGGGCCCAGACCGGGCCAACCGCUAUAAAGGAAUGGGGCCUGUCAUCGGUGUUGGCCUGCAGGGCCGUGCCUGCCCCAAGCCAGCCUGUUAUCAAGCCUAGUUGCUGAUUGUUGUUGUUUAUGGAUUCAGUAGAGUAGAAAUUUGAGAAGUGCUAUAAAGGGAGAUCAAAUUUUGAGCUAUAACUUCUUCCAUUGUGUCAUGGUGGCAUAUUCAAUACUAUCUGACUCCCUCAUGAGAAACAUGACAGCAGUAGAAUGAAUAAAUUGAUGCUUCAUCUUUUUGAGCUCAGUAAUUGGUGUAUGUCGAUUGAUUAGAUUCUGGUGCUUUCUUUAAAUGGAAGUGACACUAUGUCAAAGUAUUGCAUUAUUCGUUUGUUUACUUUAAUUUGUGAAUUUCCUAUUAAUUGUGGAACGGCAUUCUUCUGAGUGAUAAAUAUAUUAAUCACUGAAAGUAUGAUGUCUUUGUGUCUUCUUUUCGAGUUUGGUUAUUUACUUAGGUGUACUUGUAUCCUGGUUACUCCUAUUGGAAUUAUUGACUGGAAAUUCACCCCUCCAUAGUUGUCCAUAGUGGACUUUUGUUCAGAAAGCAUUAUCUUAUCUUCAUAUGUUCUUUCUAGGGAGUAACAAAAAUCAGUGGCUCUUUGCUUGAAAGUAUUGGCUGGUGCGCUUAUUCUUCAAGGAUUACUUAUGAUGCUGGUCAGCCGACAGCCCUAUCUCAUCCUCAGUUACUUCAGGUUGGGGAAAUCACACCAGGGAUCGCAGAGGACGAGUAUAUCUCAAGAAGGAAAAGAUUGUUGGAAAUGCUUCCCGAAAAUAGCUUAGCAAUAGUGGCUUCUGCCCCUGUGAAAAUGAUGACUGAUGUUGUGCCCUACCCAUUUAGACAGGAUGCUAAUUACCUCUAUAUUACUGGUUGCCAGCAACCUGGAGGAAUAGCUGUACUUAGUAAAGAUUGUGGGUUAUGCAUGUUUAUGCCAGAUCCUGAUCCUCAUGAUGUCAUUUGGCAGGGUGAGAUAGCAGGAGUUGAAGUCGCUAUGGAUGUAUUCAAGGCUGAGAAGGCUUUUCCAUUACACAAAAUGCAUGAGGUUCUUCCCGAUAUGAUAGGAAGGGCAAGCAAACUGUUUCAUAAUACGAAGACAGCAUUGCCAGCUUAUGUAGGUUUGGAAGCCUUCACUAGAGCAGCAAAUGACGGGAAAGUGGAUGAUCUAUCCAAAUAUACUGAUGAAGUUCGCUGGAUAAAGUCUCCUUCUGAACUUAAGUUGAUGAGAGAAUCAGCAUCAAUUGCUUGCCAGGCACUUCUACAAACAAUGUUGGUUUCAAAGACAUUGCCUGAUGAAAGUAUGUUAUCUGCCAUGGUUGAAUACGAAUGCAGAAGGAGAGGUGCCCAACGAAUGGCGUUCAAUCCUGUGGUUGGUGGGGGGGCAAAUGGUAGUGUUAUUCACUAUGCUCGAAAUGAUCAAAGAAUCAAACAUGGGGACCUUGUAUUGAUGGACAUCGGAUGCGAGUUGCAUGGUUACCUCAGUGACGUAACUCGAACCUGGCCACCAUAUGGUAGUUUUUCUUCUGCUCAAGAGGAACUGUAUGACCUCAUUCUGGAGGUUAACAAUGAGUGCGUAAAGCUCUGCAAACCUGGUAUAAGCAUUCAGCAAAUACACCACCAUUCGGUCAUAUUGCUACAACGAGGGUUUAAAGAGCUUGGAAUUUUGAAGGGUGGUCCAAGUCUUAUGCGGUGUUACCAUCAGUUAAAUCCAACUGCAAUAGCUCAUUACCUAGGAAUGGAUGUUCAUGACUGUUCCACUUUAAGCAAUGACCGUCCAUUGCAGCCUGGAGUGGUCAUAACCAUUGAGCCAGGAGUUUACAUCCCAUCUACAUCUAGUGUAACAACAAGAUUCCGAGGAAUCGGCAUCAGGAUAGAAGAUGAAGUCCUGAUUACAGAAACAGGGCAUGAGGUGCUCACUGGAUCAUUGCCUAAGGAAACGCAUCAACUCAAGUCCUUAAUGAAUUAUGGCCAGAACUCAGCCAUGGAAGACCAUAACAGAAGCUUGCUGUCAGAAAGGGAGCAAGCUUCCGCAAACUACUGGCCUCAAAUAGAUCCUGAAAUGGUGCUCGUCGAGCUUGGGGAGAAAACAGAGGCUUGAUUCUGAUGAAAUUUCAGGAGAAUUUGGUUUUUAUGGAGAUAUUCUAAAGGGAUAUUUCCCGGUUUAUGUUGGAGAGAAGCACAUUUGCUUUGUGGCUCCAAUUUCUUGCUUAAGCGAUCCUCAGUUUCAGUCACUUUAGCAAAGAGCAGAAGAUGGAAAUGGUUUUUCGCUCUCUGACCUCUUCCAUCCUCAGAUGAGAGAGAGAGAGAUUGUUCCUUUUUUCAUGUGAUUUUGGCUGGAGGCCCCCCGAGGGCAGGUGGUAGCCACCGUACAUUUUUAUUGCAGCUUGAGAUGGUGCGGAGUGGUGAUGCAGUUCUCCAUGGAAGAACAUUGGACAAACGAGUUUUUCCUCAAGAUUUUUGUAAUAUAUUAUAUGAGCAAUGGUCUUAUGAGAUAUUCCCACAUCCAUGCGUUUAAAACUUAAAAGGAUC